CCCCCUAUACCUUCUUGUAUUAACUUUGCAGUAGAUGAAGGUGUUAAACUGGCAUGUGUCUACCAACAGGGGAGUGAUCCUUUCAAGUCCUCUGCUUCGUCCCCACUUGUGAAAUUUGUUGUGCCAGUGGGACGAGGCUGGCUAUAAAACCCCAGUGCAGGGGAUCUCUGUCCAGCUCAGGCAGCCUGCCAGCACAUCUCUGCUGAGAGCAGCCCCAGGGAGAUCCCCCCCUUCAUCUCUGCCAGGCGGGCAACUGCUUCGCUGACGGAGGAGGAUGGACCUGAGGUGCGCCUGGAUGCUCUGCAUGUUCUACCUGGUCAUCACGGUGCAAGCAUUUACCCAGGAAGGGUUCAAGGAGGCGUUCCUGAAGCAGCUGGGGCUCUCUGAGAUCCCUGAACUUCAUAAGAGAGACUUGGUGGAUCUGGUUAUCCCAGAUCACGUCAAGAACAAGUACAUCUCCAUGCUGAAGCGCCAGAGGGUGAAGCGCCGAGCUUUGCCGAGCCUGGCCGGCAUCCUGAGGGGGAUCCCUGGCAACGCAGGUAUUCCAGGAGAAGUCCUCUACUCAGACACCACCACGCGCCAGAACCUGAUCUUUGACAUGGAGGGCAGAAUACCUAAAAACAGCGAAGUCACAAUGGCUGAACUGAAACUCUUCAAAAAGCCUCUGGACAGAGCAAACCUUCCUGCCAGGCAGUCUCACAGGCCUGUCUCCAAUGCCAGAGUCAGUGUGUACUGGGUGCAACGGCAGCACGAUGGUACCAACAGGACCUCUCUGAUAGACUCCAGGCUGGUUCCUAUACGCGAGUCGGGCUGGAAGAACUUUGACGUGACACAGGCUGUGCAUUACUGGCUGCGAAACAAGAGGCGGGAGCCAAUGUUCCUGGAGGUCUGGAUCGAAGGAGAGAGAGUGGGCAGCUAUGCCUCGGAAAUGGCCAAAGCCGUGCGUUUCACCUCUCAGGACCCCAAGGAUAAAGCCCUAGGCAAACCUGAACUGGUGCUUUACACCCUCAACUUGGAAGACUAUGAGGGCCCCGGGGACUGCAGGGAGGAGGCGAUGUUGGGGAAGUCCACCUGCUGCCGGCAGGAACACUACGUCAGCUUCCGCGAGCUCUCCUGGGCACGGUACUGGAUCAUCGAGCCAGCAGGGUACCAGGCUUACCGGUGCUCAGGGGGCUGCCUGCAGCCCCCCAGCCCCCUGUGGCACUUUGGCUACGGAGAGCGCACGUGCGCCGUGGCGGAGAGCUCCUCACUGCCCAUGAUGUACCUGGUCAAGAGGGGCAACCGCACCGAGAUCGAAGCGGCCGAGUUUCCCAACAUGAUCGUCGAGAGGUGCAGCUGCGUCACGAAUGGCAUGGCGCUGGUGUGAGAAGUGGGUGGCAUGGGGUCUCACCCAGUCCCCCAUUCCCUGCUGGCCUGCCAAGAGCCACCCUGGCCCCCAACCCUGGGGCCAGUGAUAAAGGUCUUGGGGGGGACUCCUGCCUGUGAGGGUCAGCAGCAGCUGGGGCUGGGGCUCCCCCCGUGCCCUGCUACUCUGCAGAGAGGGUGCACUUGAAGGUGCUGUCCAUACAGAUGGGCUCAGAGGACCAUGCAUCUUCACAUAUACCUGUGUAAGGGUACCUAUGGAGCAUAAUGCUUCUCUUGAUGCUAGAUAAAUUUCACUGAAUGUGGUGGAACUGUGUCCAAGUUAUUUCAGUCUCCACUCUGGAGUAUUGCAAACAGCUACAGACAAAGUAACAGUGACCAUCACCAGGUGAAAAAGUAAUGCAUGGGCUCAGCUUUUCAUUCUUAGGCUCCUGGGUUUAGCCCUUGUCUGUCCAAGCCAUGUUUAUGGUGAAUUGCAGAGCAGAAGCACUUACAUGUAUAUAAUCUAUACACACACACAUACACACAUGCACAUAGUAUAUGAAUAUGUGUAUGUAUUGUCUACAUUGUGGAUAUAUACACAUUGACUACAUGCAUAUAUGUACAUAUAUGUACACAAAAUAUUGUCUACAGCUCAAAGGGCAUAUAUAUAUAUGUGUAUGUAUUGUAUGCAUAUAUACAUAUCUACACGUACAUAAAAUAUUAUCUGGAACUCAACAGUUUAUAUUUUUGGUGCCUGCACAGUUUUAGGCAGAAUUUAGAGUCCUGGAAUCAACAGGAAUAUUAGGACUUAGGUUUGCUCUCAAGAGUAACAGCUUAUUUCUCUGAUUCUGUAUUAGAGUUACUUCAAUUUAGGGAUAUUUUCCAAGUCUUGUGUGCUUUCAAAC